GCUCUAGCGCCUUUGUGUGGAGGAGUGCGGCGCUGCUGUUUAAACACACACACAGGGGAGCCAGGCAGCUAACCAUGGUGAAUGUAAAGAAACGGAAAGGUCGGGUCGUGAUUGACUCUGACUCGGAGGAUAGUGCAAGCGAUGAUAAUUUGGAUCAGGAGCUGCUGUCUCUUGCCAAGAGAAAGCGUGUGGAUUCUGAUGAACAGGAAGAGCCUGUUAGUAAACCUGCCGCCUCCACGGACUCAGAGACAUCAGACAGUGAUGAUGAGUGGACUGUUGGAGGCACUAAAACCAAAAAGAAGGGGAAACCUAGCAAAGGGCCUGAAAAGAAGAACACAGUCAAGAAAAGAAAGGGCAAGACGGCUUCAUCCGGCAGCUCAAAUGGAGACAGUUCAGCAGAGAGUUCGGCUCCAGAGGAGGGUGAGGUGUCAGACUCCGACAGUAACAGCUCAUCCUCCAGCUCAGAUUCUGACUCGUCAUCAGAGGAUGAGGUUUUCCGGGAUGGUUAUGGAGAUGAUCUAAUGGGGGAUGAGGAGGACAGGGCCCGUUUGGAGCAGAUGACGGAAAAGGAGAGAGAACAGGAGCUGUUUAACCGUAUAGAGAAAAGAGAAGUCCUCAAGAGGAGGUUUGAAAUAAAGCAAAAACUGAAGACAGCGAAGAAGAAGGAAAAGGAAGAAAAGAAGAAGAAACAGGAGGAGGAGCAAGAGAAGAGAAAACUGUCUCAGGUCCCAGAUACUCAGGUGGUAAUGUCCCACAACAAAGAGAGGCGGAUCAAGAGAGAUGAGAAGCUGGACAAGAAGUCACAGGCCAUGGAAGAGCUGAAAGCAGAAAGAGAGAAGAGGAAAAACAGAACUGCUGAGCUCCUUUCCAAACGGCAGCCGCUGAAGACAAGUGAGGUCUACUCAGAUGAUGAAGAGGAGGAGGAAGAUGAUGAUGACAAGUCUUCAGUAAAGAGUGACCGCAGCUCAAGGUCUUCAUCUUUUGAUGAAGAGGAGGAGAAAGAGGAGGCUCCGCCCAAGUCCCAGCCAGUGUCAUUACCAGACGAGCUGAAUCGGAUCCGACUGUCCCGGCACAAACUGGAGCGCUGGUGUCACAUGCCGUUCUUUGCUAAAACUGUUACUGGUUGUUUUGUUCGAAUUGGCAUUGGAAACAGCAGCAGCAAGCCUGUUUAUCGGGUGGCUGAAAUCACUGAUGUUGUGGAGACGGCUAAAGUUUAUCAGCUUGGGUCCACACGAACAAAUAAAGGCCUUCAGCUCCGACAUGGAAAUGACAUGCGCGUCUUCAGACUUGAGUUUGUGUCCAAUCAGGAGUUCACUGAAAACGAAUUCAUGAAAUGGAGAGAGGCGAUGAUGUCAGCAGGAAUGCAGUUUCCUACUCUAGAUGAGAUCUCCAAAAAAGAGCAGUCCAUCAAGGAGGCGGUCAACUACAAAUUUAAUGACAAAGACAUUGAGGAUAUUGUCAAAGAGAAGGACAGAUUCCGAAAGGCGCCAUCAAACUACGCCAUGAAGAAAACACAACUUUUCAAAGAGAAGGCCAUGGCUGAGGAGAGUGGGGAUGGAGAAAAGGCGAAAGUACUGCAAGAUCAGUUGAAUGAGCUGGAGGAGAGGGCAGAAGCACUUGACCGACAGAGAACCAAAAAUAUCUCUGCUAUCAGCUAUAUUAACCAGAGGAAUCGGAGUUGGAAUAUUGUGGAGUCUGAGAAGGCAUUGGUGGCAGAGGGUCAGAACGCGAAGAACCAGCAGAUGGAUCCAUUCACCAGACGGCAGUGUAAACCGACUAUGGUGUCCAAUGCAAGAGAUCCCUCAGUUCAUGCCGCUAUUUUGGCUCAUCUUAACCAGAAAUAUGGUUCAGGCUCAGGCCAAGACAACAGCCAGCAGGCUAAUAAACAGGGCCAGGCUAGCCAGAAAGACAAAGACAUUAUCAAGCAAAACAGUGACCUCUCAGAGGACCUUUUCAAAGUUCACGACUUUGAUGUCAAAAUUGACCUACAGGUUCCUAAUGCUGAAUCAAAGUCUUUGUCGGUGAGUUCGAAUGCAUUGCCUGUUAAAGAUGGGGCGCCACGCCGAUCUCUCAACCUGGAGGACUACAAGAAGAGACGAGGACUCAUCUGACCUACGUUUUUAUCCACCCCUGCAUGAUUGGACACCUGUUCCAGGGGGUCUAAAGCUGCGGCCACCCCUGUGUGUGUGAGUGUGUUUGGAAAAAUGUGUGUGUGUGUGUGUGUGUGUGUGAGAGAGAGAGAGAGAGAGAGAGAGAGAGAGAGAGAGAGAGAGAGAGAGAGAGAGAGAGCGCGUGUAUGAUAAAGAGAAAGAAAAAGUGUGUACCUUUAAGGCUGAGCGUGUCAGAGACCGUAUGAGUGUGUAUGUAAAUGUUUCACCUGUUUGUAAGAGGAAAUAUUCAUGAAUAAUGAAAACUUUCAGGUCUUUUCCUGCAAAGGGUCACUUUUUGAGAGGUGAAAAUUUCUCUGCAUUAUUUACGGCGUGUGCCGGCGUGAGAACAGAAAUGCAUUACCUCUGAUUCUCCUUUUCUUACCAAUGUAUGCAGCUUAUUUUCUCCCUCUCAGACCCUCACAGAAACGACCCUUUUAUAUCCAAGCUUGUGAAUGACUAUCUCUAAGGACACUAUUAAAAAAGACGACACAAAUCUUGGGUUUUUUUGAAAGUUUUUUUUACUUGUCAGUAAUGUGAUUGGGUCUGCCUCGCUCCCUUGUUCCUCUUGAAAACUCGAAAGCUUUUCUUCACCCCAACCCUUGUGUAAUGGGGUUGUUAGGACAGCCCUGCUUAUCUCCGCUUUCUGGUUUAAAGGCCGAGGGGCCGACCAAUCAGAGGGGGAGUUACACAAUAUCAUCACACUCCCUAAAGAUAAACGUUUGUUUCAUGUAAGACAAUGAUCAAAAUAAACGUGUCUGCCAUGGGCAAGAAAACAUUGAGAAUUGAUGUAUCUUUUUUUGUUUUUACUGCUCCUUUUCUUCCACAUCCCUCUGUCUCCCGAGCUGAUGUAAGUGUUAUUGAUCAUUAAUUAUUGAUGAAGUCUUUUAGUCAGUUCGUAUAGUUGUGGCAUGCCUUGUAAAUAAGCGAUCUUGAGUGAGCGCUGCUGAUUAAAGGAGGAACUGUUUCAUAA